AAGGAAGAAAACAAUGGCCGACUCCUCCGCGCCGCACUCCAACGGUGGCGCCGUCGCCGUCGCCGAUGCCGAGGCGGUGCCCCGCUCCCUGGCGCCGCCGCGGAGGGUGGCGCUGGUGACGGGCAUCACGGGGCAGGACGGGAGCUACCUGACGGAGCUGCUCCUGUCCAAGGGAUACGAGGUGCACGGCCUCAUCCGCCGCUCCUCCAACUUCAACACGCAGCGCCUCGACCACAUCUACCACGACCCGCACGCGACCCCCUCCGCCGCGCUGCGCCCGCCGAUGCGCCUCCACUACGCCGACCUCUCCGACUCCUCCUCGCUCCGCCGCGCGCUCGACCACGUGCUCCCCGACGAGGUCUACAACCUGGCCGCGCAGUCCCACGUCGCCGUCUCCUUCGAGAUCCCCGACUACACCGCCGACGUCACGGCCACGGGCGCGCUCCGCCUGCUCGAGGCCGUCCGCCUCUCCGCCAAGACCAAGCCCAUGCGCUACUACCAGGCCGGGUCCUCGGAGAUGUUCGGGUCCACGCCGCCGCCGCAGAGCGAGGCCACGCCCUUCCACCCGCGGUCACCCUACGCGGCCGCCAAGGUCGCCGCGCACUGGUACACCGUCAACUACCGCGAGGCGUACGGCCUCUUCGCCUGCAACGGUGUGCUCUUCAACCACGAGUCCCCCCGGCGCGGCGAGAACUUCGUCACCCGCAAGAUCACCCGCGCCAUCGGCCGCAUCAAGGUCGGGCUCCAGACCAAGGUCUUCCUCGGCAACCUCUCCGCCGCCAGGGAUUGGGGCUUCCCCCCGCUGGACCCUGUUAUCUAA